AUGGCCCCUCCACCGAAUAACUUGAGGUGUCUUAUAUCCUCUGUGUAUGGCCCCUCCAUCGAUUCUAGCAGAGUAGAAUUUUGGGAAGAGCUGACCUCUCCUAGACAGUCUCUCUCAGGCCCAUGUUGUGUAGUCGGGGACUUCAACAUCAUUAGAUACACGGAGGAACACUUGCGCAGCAGAAAGGUCUCUUCAGCUAUGAGGGCUUUCUCUGAUUGGAUAGAAAAUCAGGAGUUAGUCGAUCUUCCAUUACUAGGAGCCAAAUUCACGUGGACUAACGGGCGAGCGAAUCCGAUCCUUUCCAGAUUGGAUAGAUUUUUGGUCUCUCCUAAAUGGCUGGAAACGUUCCCUUUCAUCUCUCAGUCAGCGAGAACAACCUCUGAUCACUGUUCGAUCUUACUCUCGGUGGAAGGAUAUGCAGGCCAUAGACUCCUCUCCAAACUUAAGACUCCUCAAAGAAAAGUUAAAGUAGUGGAAGUAUACUCAGCAUCACAAAAGGAAUUCCGAAUUGGACUCUAUGUUUUCCGAAUUGCAAAAGAUUGA